UCCUUUUAAAUAGCAAAAACGUUUAGUAAAAAUAUUGUUAGAAAAAAAUAAAAGAAUAAUUUACCAUUGGUAUUUAUUCAAGUUAAGUAGUUUUAAAGUGGUGCUAAUAAUAAUAAUAGAAACGAUAAGUAAUUAUUAAAGCAAAAAUGGUGACUUUUAAUAAAGAAUUGUUAGACGACUUGAAAGAAAAAUAUUUUAAGGUUAGGAAGUUAUUGGAUGAUCCCAAUGACAACAAUCAAGAAGGGCCUGAUUGUGAAACGAAGAAUAAGGCAAUAACUAUUUUAAAAGAAAUGAAGAUAAAAAUAGAAAAUAUUUUAAAUAAUUCAUCUGAUCAAGAUUUAAAUUUUGUUGGAAUGCUAGCAGUAGUUUGGCUAAAUAUUGGAAUUAUUUGUAUUGAUAAUGAAGAACUGAAAGAAGCUGAGGAUAAUUUAAUGCAAUGUAUUGAAAUUUUAAAAGGUCGUGAGCUGGAACCUCAAUGUAUCUUACCAUCUCUGAGCGCUUUGAAUCAAUUAGGUAUUAUUUGGUUUCAAUGGGGAGAGUAUGAGAAAUCAAAGGCUUUUGUAGAAAAAUCAGAGAGAUUGUAUACAGAGUACAAAAAUCUAGAUCCUGUACCAGAGCCAAAAGGAAUGUCUUCAAUAUUUGGAAUAGAAAAUAGUGAAGAACCAACUCCUCAGCAUGUAUUAGAAAAAUUACACGCUUUAACGCUUUAUUACAUUGCACAAGUUUAUGGAAUAUGUAAAGACCACCAUAAAUCAGCACUUUAUUGUCAUAUGACGCUCCAAAAACAACUAGAACUAACAGAUUUAGAUUACAUUGAUUGGGCACUGAAUGCAGCAACGUUAUCGCAGUUUUUCAUGGAGAAAAAACAUUUUACUCAAGCAAGACACCAUUUAGCAGCAGCUUCUCAUAUUCUCAAGUUAUAUGAAAAUUCUUUGGUUGAUGAUCCAGGUGAAACGGCCAAUGAUGAAGUUAAGGCAGCUAAAUGGGAACAAUUUCAUCAUAGAAGUGCAGAUGUGGCUCGAUGCUGGGCUAAAUAUGGAAUUUUACUGAUGAGUAUGUCUCGAGAUCGACUAAUUGAACUUUCUGAAAAUAUUGACGAUGAAAAGAACUCAACUAAUGAUUCAAAGCCAGGUGAUGCUGAAGAAGGUAAUGAUGAUGAUUUUAAACGAAUGAAAUUUGAGAAAUUAGAAGAAAAUAUAACACCUAUCGCAAAGCAGAUUACUGAUAAAUAUCUUUUAGAUUUUAAUGAUGCUAAGAAAGUAUUUUUAAAUGUUCAACAAUGGCUCGACCAAGCAAAAAAAUAUUAUGCUUUAGAAACACAUGCAUCAGAUUAUGUUCACAUUAUGCAAGAUAUGUCUCAAGCUUAUAAAUAUUUAUCAUUCUUUGAAGACGAUGAAGACCGUCAAGCAAAGAUGCACAAACGUAGAAUUGAUAUUCUUGAGCAUGUAAUAAAAGAGUUGAACCCAAGAUAUUAUCAAUCUGAAUGUCGACAAAUUUGGAUUGAACUUGGUGAAACAUAUUCAGCUAUAUUGGACAUUAAAGUAGAUAAACUUCGAGCUUCAGACGACAGGCCUGCACCUGCAACUCUAAACAAAAUAAAUCAGUUAUGCCAAUCCGCUAUAAAGUAUUAUCAGACAUUCCUUGAUUCUUUGAAGGAAUCUGAAUCAGCACCUGCACCAAAAGAAUUUCCAGAAGAAUUAGUUCGAGCUGCACUUUUCGCAUAUUUCAAUUCAGGAGCUCUCUACAAUAGAAUUAUAACUCUGGAUAAGAAUACACAGAUUGAAAAUAUUAAAAAUAGUAUAAAAGCUUAUAAUUUUUUUAUUGAUUACUGUGAUUCUCAUCCAGAAACAGCAGAGUUAAUGAAAAAUGAACUUAAUGUAUGUAAAGACCUUGUUAAUUUAUUACCUUUGAAAUUAUCUAAAUUAAUGCAAUCAUUGUCUAAAAGUUAAAUAAACAGUUGAAUUCUUUUUUUCAAAAUUUUUAUUAUUUUUAUAUUAAUGAAAAACUAUUGAUAAUCCAUAAAUCAA